GUGGCACUAAAAAUCGAUUGUGGCUGUAGACUUAUCGAUGUCAGUACCAGCUUUAACUGCACACGUUUUCAUCUGCUUACCAACUUCACCUGCAUAUCCGAGCAGUAGAUUUCAACAAGUGCAACUCAAAACAAUGCCAGAGCCAGCCGAAGGUCAACAAAAUGAGACGCCAACAGGCACCGGCGAUCCUCCCAAGUCAGCAAAGCAAUUGGAAAAGGAGCGCCUGAAGGCCGAGAAGUUGGCCAAAUUGCAGGCCAAAUUGGAUAAGAAGGCCGCUGCUCCAGCUGCAGGCGAGAAGAAGGAGAAACCCGAGAAGCGGACAAAAGAAGUGAAGGAGGCUGCUGUAUAUACUGCCCAGACAGCUCCCGGUGAGAAAAAGGAUUUGAGUGGUCCAUUACCGGAUGCCUAUAGUCCAAAAUAUGUGGAGGCACAAUGGUAUAGCUGGUGGGAGAAGGAAGGCUUCUUUAAGCCAGAGUAUGGUCGCGAAUCCAUUGAUGCACCAAAUCCCAAUGGUAAAUUCAUUAUGAUCAUUCCACCACCAAAUGUGACGGGUUCACUGCAUUUGGGACAUGCUCUGACCAAUGCCAUCGAAGAUGCUAUUACUCGCUACCACCGGAUGAAGGGACGCACCACAUUGUGGGUGCCGGGAUGCGAUCAUGCUGGAAUAGCUACCCAGGUGGUGGUCGAGAAACUAUUAUGGCGUGAUGAGAAACUCUCUCGCCAUGAUCUGGGUCGUGAGAAGUUUAUUGAACGCAUUUGGGAUUGGCGGCGUGAGAAGGGUGGACGGAUUUAUGACCAAUUGAAGUCGUUGGGCUCCUCCUACGACUGGUCACGUGUUGCCUUUACCAUGGAUCCAAAACUGUGUCGCACAGUAACUGAAGCCUUUGUCCGUUUGCAUGAAGAUGGAGCCAUCUAUCGCAGUUCCCGUCUGGUCAACUGGUCGUGCACUCUUCGUUCCGCCAUAUCGGACAUUGAAGUGGAUAAAGUUGAGAUUCCCGGACGGACUUUCCUUUCCAUUCCCGGCUACGAUGAGAAAGUUGAAUUCGGUGUUUUGAUUAAAUUUGCCUACAAAGUGGAGGGCACGGACGAGGAAAUUAUUGUGGCCACUACUCGUAUAGAGACCAUGCUGGGUGACACGGCAGUGGCUGUUCAUCCCAAGGAUAAACGCUAUGAGCAUUUGCAUGGCAAAUUUGUUAGUCAUCCAUUCAGUAAUCGUCGUCUGCCCAUUGUUUGCGAUGAAUUCGUCGAUAUGGAAUUUGGUACUGGAGCCGUAAAGAUUACUCCGGCCCAUGAUCCCAAUGAUUAUGAGGUGGGCAAGCGUUGUAAUCUUCCAUUUAUCACCAUUUUCAACGACGAUGGCUACAUCAUUGGAGAUUAUGGUGAAUUUACUGGACUUAAGCGUUUCCAGUGCCGCAAAUUGUUGCUGGAGAAGCUUAAGGAGUUGGGUCUAUACCGUGAGACGAUCAACAAUCCCAUGGUGGUGCCCAUUUGCAGUCGUUCCAAGGAUGUUGUGGAGCCACUGAUCAAACCCCAAUGGUAUGUCAGUUGCGCUGAUAUGGCUGCUUCAGCCACAGAAGCUGUACGCUCCGGUGAACUGAAAAUUGUGCCCGAACAUCAUACCAAGACCUGGUACCAUUGGAUGGACGGCAUACGCGAUUGGUGUGUGUCCCGGCAAUUGUGGUGGGGACAUCGUAUUCCCGCAUAUCACGUUAGCUUCAAUGAUCCCAGCAUCAAGAAGGAGACGUCGGAUGAUGAGGAGUUCUGGGUUGUGGCCCGUACCCAGGAAGAGGCUUUGGCAAAGGCUGCUCAACGCUUUGGUGUGGAUGCCAGCAAAAUUGUUCUCAAGCAGGAUGAAGAUGUGCUGGACACUUGGUUUAGUUCGGGUCUGUUUCCCUUCUCCGUUUUUGGCUGGCCAGAUCAGACAAAGGAUUUGCAAACCUUCUAUCCCACUUCACUGCUGGAGACAGGUCAUGAUAUUCUGUUCUUUUGGGUAGCACGCAUGGUUUUCUUUGGCCAAAAAUUGCUGGGCAAGUUGCCCUUCCGUGAGGUUUAUUUGCAUCCCAUGGUGAGAGAUGCUCAUGGUCGUAAAAUGUCCAAAUCAUUGGGCAAUGUCAUUGAUCCCAUGGAUGUGAUAAAAGGCAUCACACUGGAAGGUCUGCAUGCUCAGUUAAUUGGUUCGAAUUUAGAUCCCCGCGAGAUUGAGAAGGCAAAGGCAGGCCAGAAACAGGACUAUCCCCAAGGAAUACCAGAAUGUGGCUCAGAUGCUUUGCGUUUUGCCUUGUGCGCUUAUAUAACCCAGGCCAGGGAUAUCAAUCUGGAUAUUAAUCGUGUCCUGGGCUAUCGAUUCUUCUGCAACAAAUUGUGGAAUGCCACUAAAUUUGCUUUACUCUAUUUCACUGGCAAUGAGAAGUUCAGCACGAAUCUCAGCGCCGAUUCAGUAAAUCAAAUGGAUGCCUGGAUUCUAUCACGACUGGCGGCCACCAUUGAGACGUGUAAUGUGGGCUUUGAGACAUAUGACUUUGCCGCAGCUACCAGUGCUUGUUAUAGCUUCUGGCUCUACGAUCUUUGUGAUGUCUAUUUGGAGUGUCUGAAACCAGUUUUCCAAAGCGGCACAGCCGAGCAACAGACAGCGGCACGACGUACCCUUUAUGUUUGCUUAGAUUAUGGUCUACGUUUACUCUCACCAUUCAUGCCCUUCAUCACGGAGGAGUUGUAUCAACGAUUGCCACGUGCUGAGCCGGCGGCCAGCAUUUGCGUGGCCAGUUAUCCCAGCAACAUCACAUGGCGCAAUUUGAAGAUCGAAUCCGAUGUGGAAUUUAUGCAAAAGGCGGCACGCAUCAUACGAUCUGCCCGUUCUGACUAUAAUCUUCCCAAUAAGACCAAGACAGAGGCAUAUAUUGUUUGUAAUGAUGACGCCGCUUCCAAUGAGAUUCUUAAGCAUUAUGCCAGCGAUUUGGCCACUGUUUCCUAUUGCUCGAGUAUUCAAUUUGACACUACACCGCCAGCUGGUUGUGCCAUCCUAACUGUCUCCGGUCAAUGUGAGGUUCAUCUGUUACUCAAGGGUCUCAUUGAGGCAGACAAGGAGAUCACCAAGCUGCAGAAGAAGAAUGAUCAAUUGCAUCAAACUGUGGCGAAACUGCAACAGGCAAUGCAGGCAGCUGAUUAUGCCACCAAGGUUCCCGCCGAGGUGCAAACAGCCAAUGAGACUAAACUGAGCGAAUCGCAGACGGAAAUUGAACGUAUUGCUUCGGCCAUUCAGACGCUGAAAUUAAUGUAAACAGAGGAAAAAGCAAGACUUUUGUGCCCGCAAUUUAUAGCAUUUUGUUGAUAUUUUACUAUACUCGCUUUUACUUAUCGAAACUUUUGUGCUUAUUUUUAAUACAUAUUCAGAAAAAAUAAAUAAAUAGCAAAACAGGA